AUGGCAGCUGUUGGCGCAGCGGCGGAGCCGGGCGAGACCGAUUGGAUCAGCCUCCUCCCCAACGAGAUCCUAGGCACCAUCAUCUCCCUCCUACCGACGGAUGAAGGCGCACGCACAAGCAUCUUCUCCCGCCGGUGGCGCCACCUGUGGUGCACCUCCCCGCUCAACCUCGACGACUACGACAUCCGCAAGAACGGGCGCUGGAGCUUCCUGAUCCAUUGCUCCUACCCGUGGCCGCGUAACCUCGGCGACAACAAGAAUGACCGCCAGCUUGUCGCCGUCGUUUCCAAGAUCAUAUCCACGCACCAGGGUUCAACCCGCCGCCUGUCCCUCCGGCACAACUACACCACCAACAUCCACGACAAGGUCUAUGCGUGGCUGAUGUCCCCCUCCGUCAGUGACCUUCAGGAGAUCGAGAUCGUCCACCCUGGUGAAGAUCCACUGCCGCUACCCGUGCUUAGCCGCUUCGCGCCCACCAUCCGAGCCGCCACCUUCGACUUCUGCCGCUUCACCGAGGACGUGCCCCGUGCGCUUAGUUUUCCGCACCUAAAAAGGCUCGUCCUCCAGGACGUUAUUGUCCCGGAAGAUAGCCUCCAAAACCUGCUCACCGGCUGCUCUGUCCUCGAGGCCCUGCUGCUUAACGAUAUCCGGUCGUCCGAUGAAAGUGUAAUUCGCCGUGUGCUCAUCAGCUCGCCGUCUCUCAGGAUCAUUGAGAAUGGCUACUCAGUUGAAGUAGUCAUCGAGAAUGCCCCUCGAUUGGAAAGAUUGAUCACAUUCUGGGGCUGUUAUAGUGCUAAUCACGGUUACACCCCGCUGUUAGUUCGGGUACCCGACGCACAGAAAGUGGAGAUCUUGGACUCGUUAAGACUAGCCAAGAAAUUGGUUCUGGAAAGCUUCAGAACAACCAUGCGCAACGUGAGGGUUUUGGUUGUCAAGGCUUCUGAAUCAAAUCUUGAUACGGUUAUUGAAUAUCUGAGAUGCUUUCCUUACCUGAUGAAACUGUACAUCACAUCUUCUCUGCAAAUGUGUCCAACAAAUGAUGGCCAUGGUUACAACCCGAAAGAUCCUAUCAGAUGUCUCGAGCUCCACCUCAGAGAGGUUGUGCUAAAGUGCUACGAUGGAAAUCAGCCGGAUGUGAAUUUUGCCAAGUUCUUUGUGCUGAAUGCUAAAGUGCUCGAGUUAAUGAAAUUCGGUGUCGACGAUAGCUACACCGAGAAAUGGAGAGCUAAUCAACACAAGGUGCUACAUCUUGAUAGCAGGGCUUCUCCAAAUGCUCAAUUUGAUUUUAGAUCUGAUCUUACCUGUGAUAGUUUUGCUUGCUAA